AUCUUCAUCGUCGGUGGCCCACGAACCAGCGAUUGAUGUGCCUUCGGUUAAGCGUUGUGUGCCACUUGGUGGCUUUCAUUAUUAACGAGCAGCUUUCACCUCAGUGAAACCAAAUGGAAUCUAUCACUCUUCCAAUUAUUACUUUCGAAGAAGCAGAUAACCAGUAAAAAUGGCGAACCAGUCCAUGAGGCGCUUCCUCCAUGAGCCGAUGAGUCUUCUUGAGCAUUCCCAGAAUUAUGUUUAAGUUGUCAAUUUUUCAUUACAUUGUUCUAGACUUCUAGUAGGCAUAAAUGAAAACUUUGGAGUUGGUCAGAAAUGAAUUAGAUCCCACAUCGGAAACAUGAGAAAGGGUGAAGGAGAAGAGCCAACUAUAAGUAAAAGGUAGUGGCUUAAUUUCCGACUUAAAAGGGUCGGUUGGCUAAAUAUGCCACUCUCGCCUCCCAAUUGGUGAGUGCUGUAUGGCUAUCAAGACAUAUGGCCGACAUAAUUUGUGAAACCUCAAAGGGUUGGCUCGCUCGGCCGACCCUCCAACGUUCCUCUUUAACUUUUUUCUCUURACAUCUCCAUAUGAUAUGAGCCCUAUAACGACGCUAAUUAGCCGUUUGAGAAAAUGCUCCACAGUCAGGGAAUUGGAGUCGAUAUAUGCCUCCAUGAUCAAGAAUAAGGUCCAUCAAGACUGUUUCUCUAUAAAUCAAUUUGUUUCUGCCUGUUCGAACUUAGAUCGAAUGGAUUACGCUUUGUUAGCUUUUUCCCAUGUGGAAACUCCUAAUGUUUUCGUUUACAAUGCCGUGAUUAGAGGCUCUGUUCAGUGUUCUUCUUCAUUUCAAGCUCUCCAAUUUUACUUGGAAAUGCUUAAAGAUGAUGGAGUAUUCCCUACAAGUUUUACGUUUUCAUCUAUAGUUAAGGCUUGUACUCAAGUAUCUGAGGUGGGGUUUGGUGAAAUUGUUCAUGGUCAGAUUUGGAAGAAUGGUUUUGAAUCCCAUUUAUUUGUUCAGACUGCUUUGAUUGAUUUUUACUCAAAUUUGGGGAGAAUUCUUGAGGCUCGGAGGGUGUUUGAGGAUAUGCCGGAAAGAGAUAUCUUUUCAUGGACUACGAUGAUUUCAGCUCAUACCCGGAUGGGAGACUUGAACUCUGCGCAGAGAUUGUUUGAAGAGAUGCCGGAAAGGAAGACGGCAUCUUGGAAUACUAUGAUUGCGGGUUAUGCAAGGAUAGGGAAUGUAAAAUCUGCCACAGAAUUAUUCAAUCAGAUGCCCAAAAGGGAUUUAAUCACAUGGACGACCAUGAUCUCUUGUUAUUCUCAAAACAAGCAAUAUGGGGAAGCAGUAGGAGUCUUCCAAGAGAUGAAGACUGCAGGGGUCCGACCUGAUGAGGUGACAAUGUCCGCUGUUAUUUCAGCUUGUGCCCAUCUAGGAGCUCUUGAAUUGGGAAAAGAGAUAUACCUUUAUGUGAUGCAAAAUGGGUUUGAUCUGGAUGUUUAUAUUGGAUCUUCAUUGAUUGAUAUGUUUGCAAAGUCUGGGAGCUUAGAUAGAUCGCUUGUGGUGUUUUUCAAAAUGCAAGAGAAGAAUCUAUUCUGCUGGAAUUCGGUGAUUGAGGGGCUCGCUGUACAUGGUUACGCAGAGGAAGCACUGCUCAUGUUUGAUAGGAUGGAGAGAGAGAAGAUUAUGCCAAACAGGGUGACUUUUAUUAGUCUACUCAGUGCUUGUACUCAUGGUGGACUAGUUGACGAAGGUCGUAGGAAGUUUCUGAGCAUGUCUCAGAAUUACUCCAUUUGUCCUGAAAUUGAACACUAUGGAUGCAUGGUUGAUCUCCUAGGUCGAGCUGGCCUGCUUGAAGAAGCGCUUGAAUUGAUACAAGGCAUGAGUGUUGAACCAAACUCUGUCAUUUGGGGGGCCAUUUUAAGUGGGUGCAAGCUUCAUAGGAACUUGGAAAUAGCUCGAGUUGCUGUGAAUAGAUUGAUGGUGUUAGAGCCAGAAAAUAGUGGAUACUACCUACUUCUGAUUAACAUGUAUGCUGAAACCAAUCAGUGGAGCGAGGUUGCAAAGAUUAGGACAAUCAUGAAUGAACGAAGAGUACAAAAGAAGAGUCCUGGAUCCAGUUGGAUUGAAAUAGAAGGAAAGGUUCAUGAAUUUGUAGCUUCCGACAGCUCUCACCCUGCAUCUAGUGACAUUUACAGGCUGUUGAUUGAGCUAUAUGGGCAGCUAAGACUUGCAGGCUAUGUACCUGAAUUUGGAUUUACGCCUUAGUUGUGGAUUUAUCGAUUUGAAUUUGUUGGCCCGCCAGAAAAGAUUAAUUUACCAAAAGCAGGUUAAUUUAUUCAGUCUGGUUAUGGUCUACCACACAUUUUUUCAGCAUUUAAGAUACAAUGAGUUAAAUCAAGUGGCAUAUUUUACAGUAGCUCUUCCCUUUAAAACAGGGAAAUAGAAUGGCUAAGGAGAUGUAAAUGAGUUGAAAACAAACGGCCAAACUUUGGGGAAUUUUAAGAAAAUGUUCUACUUUCCAAGGAGGUUA